UUGGCUGUCGCUGAUAUGCUCGUCGCCUUAUGUGCGAUGACGUUUAACGCCAGCGCUGAGCUCACCGGUGUUUGGCUGUUCGGACCUCUAGUCUGUGAUAUGUUCAAUUCCUUUGACGUUUACUUCUCAACCGCUUCCAUAUUACAUCUAUGCUGCAUAUCAGUAGAUCGCUAUUACGCUAUAGUCAGACCCUUAGAGUACCCAGUCACAAUGACACACAGAACUGUAUGUUUUAUGCUUGCUAAUGUCUGGGUCUGGCCAGCUUUGAUAAGCUUCGUCCCAAUAUUCAUGGGCUGGUACACGACGGAGCAAGAUCGUCAGUAUAGAAGAGCGAAUCCUGACGUGUGCAUAUUUAAAGCUAACAUGAUUUACGCUAUGGUAUCCUCAAGUAUUUCCUUCUGGAUACCAAGUUUAGUAAUGAUAUCGAUGUACUGUAGGAUCUUCAGAGAAGCGAUAAGACAAAGAGAGGCGCUGACGCGGACUUCAUCGAAUAUACUUCUGAAUUCAGUCCAUUUGCGGCAUACGUCGCACGCGGCGCAUCAUUCGCACUACUUACAUCCAGACAGACGUCCAUCAGACAUAAGUCCAAACUACAGUACAUUUACUGAAUGCCCGGAAGAGACAGAGUUCGGAGAAGCAGUAAUGACAGUUGGUGAUGUGUGUACGAGUAAGGAGGCUAGUCCGAGGAAGUCUGUGAACGUGAGCUGUGACACUGCCAGCUCGGGGUACUGUUCUGGAGGGUCUAACAAGAGGUCGUCGAGUGGACAGCCUCCUACGGGGUGGAGGCCUAGCUGUUCUUCGGCUGUUGCUUCGAAGGAACUUGCGAAGGCUGCGACGGAGCUCAAUGCACAAGGGGCAACGCUACGAGCGGCGGGCAAGUCUUGGCGAGCAGAGCAUAAAGCCGCGAGAACGUUGGGCAUCAUAGUCGGUGCGUUCCUUCUGUGCUGGCUGCCGUUUUUCUUUGGUAAGUACGUUACAACCAACGUCUGCGGCGAACCUUGCGAGACGCCCGACGUGGUCGUCGGCGUACUCUUCUGGAUCGGCUACUUCAACUCUGCACUCAACCCUCUUAUCUACGCGUAUUUCAACAGAGAUUUCCGCGACGCCUUCAAGAAUACGCUCAUGUGCGCGUUGCCAUGCUGCUUCAGUUGCUGGAAGGAUACGAGUAACGCGCAUUUUGUGUGA